UGCAAUCAUCUGACAGCAUUUGGUGGCCAUUUUGAUUUAAUUCCCAAUGACCUCAGUAUUACUGAUGUAGAUGAGUUUUUUAGUUUGAAUGAAAAUCCAGUAGUGGUAAUAUUGAUUGGUGUUAUAUUACUGGUGUAUACAGGGUUAAUGGUAAUAUGUUAUAAAGCAGACCUGAAAGAUGGGAGGAAACGUGGUUUUAUUAAUUUAAAAGAUAAUCGGCCUACUGAUAAACAUAAAUAUGAGAUCACAGUGGAAACUGGUUACAGGCAAGGUUCUGGAACCACAGCUAAGAUUAGUUUUAUUCUACAUGGAGAAGAAGGAAUGUCAGAGACAAGAGAGCUGAUCAGUGAUGAUGAUCAUAUUUUAUUUGAACAGAAUUCUCGUGAUGUUUUCAUAAUGUCCUUACCGGAUAGUUUAGGAAGAUUAUGGAAGGUUCAGUUGUGGCAUAAUAACCAUGGGACGUCCCCUAGUUGGUAUCUUAGUAGGGUUAUCAUUAAAGACCUGUGCAAUGGUAAAAUGUCUUAUUUCCUGUGUGAGAAAUGGUUUGCUGUAGAAGAAGAUGAUGGAAAGGUUGAACGAGAAAUUAUGGUCCUGGAUUCAAAUUUGGGAUUUUCUAGGGUAAACAGCUAUGAUAAUUAA